AGAAGAGAAAUAUACGUAUGCAAUGGUAAAUGGAGGGAAGGAGGUCGCGCAAGCGCUUCGGUUAGGCGCCGGUUAAAAGACCCGGGGCGAAGAUGCACCAUGGCAUGGGAGUGUCAAUGGGCGAUCGUCACGGCGGCCAAAAUUCAACGAUGCAGCCCAGAAAUGGAGUUUGCAACAAAAUCGAAAAUUACAUAUCCGAGCUGGGACAAUGGUAUGUAUGAUUUAACUGUUUUCAAUGAAUAAAAUGGUCAAAAGGUGCAAUGAUGUCUUCUCACCCUCAAGCCGGUGGUCCGUGCAUUAAUGGUGAAGGGGUGAGGAGGGAUACGCUCAGAGAACGAAAGUGGCGGGUGUUUCACAAUUUAUAUACCGUCGAUUUUUCAUACUACUCUUCGAACAUACGUUUCUUUUUUAAGUCAUCAUUUCUUUUCUUAAUUUAUCUUACAAAGGAACUUCUUUAUCUCGUAUUUGAUCGAUAUUCGAUGCAGAUUUGUUUUUAUUGUGUUAUUUCAUAUCGUUUGUUAAUUGAUACUCAUUGAAUAAAUCUUUCCUUUUUUUCUUUUUCUUUUUUCUUCGAAAUAAUUGAUGUAUUUUAUAUUUGUAGGGCCGUAUGGCGUGCCAUAAUAAUGGGCCAAUUUUUAUCCCUGGUACUUUUCUUCAUGACACUCAUUAAUCAUUACAUCAACACAACUUACCAGUUAUCAUUACCAACAGGUGGCUAUUCCAAUGGUCGUUAUUGUUAUUUCGAUGAUUUUCAAGAAUCAAGGAAGAUUUUUUUCCGAGACAGGACAAAAUUUGCCACACUACGCUAUGAUGUGCCUAGUAUACACAACGUGGAUGUCCUGUAGGUGUGUUGGAAAUGGUCUAAUAUCUGUUAUAAAAGCCCGUGGUUGGAGGUACUUGUUGUUAGCGCUCAUCGACGUUGAAGCGUGUACACUUAUUACAUCGUCGCAUCAAUUCACCAGCCUCGCAAGUAUACAGUUACUCGAUUGUGUGGCUAUCCCAGUGGCAUUAGCACUUUCUUGUUUAGUUCUUGGAGUAAGAUACAGGAUGGUCCAUAUCGUUGGUGUUUCCGUCUGUCUGAUGGGUGUAGGAUGUUUAGUUUGGGCGGGAAUUAACAACAAUAAAGAUCCAGCAUCAACUGGUAAAAAUCAAUUAGUCGGCGACAUGCUUUGUCUCGGCGGUGCCGUUUUGUUCUCGAUAACGACGGUACUUCAAGAAUUGGCUGUUAAAACGGUCGAUAUUAUUGAGUACUUGGGUAUGAUUGGUUUCUUUGGCACGAUAUUGAGUUGUAUGCAAAUAGCCGUUCUCGAGAGACUUCAAAUCGAAUCGUUCCAGUGGGACAAUGUACCCGUUAUCACGUUCUUAGUGGCUUACUGCAUUACGCAAUUUGUUUUUUUCUCUCUCGUUCCUGUCGUAUUAUACGAAUCCGGUGCAACGGCAUUGCAAUUGGCUCUUUUAACUGCGGAUUCUUUCAAUAUUUUAUCAGGCAUACUGAUACAUCACUAUAAGUUUCACACCUUGUAUUUUGUCUCCUACACGCUCACAAUGACUGGCAUAUAUAUUUAUGCUAUAAAGAGGACACCGAUAUCAUCGAACUCGCGAAGGCAACACGUCGAGCCUCCUGCUCCAGAUUACAGACACAUGUCGCAUGGCGACGUGGGUGAAGUGGAAAUGGCAACGAGCUCCGGUAUGUCAGCAGUGAGCGGUACUCUUGAUAUAAGAGCAUCCACUCUCGGGAGCGAAAGAGAAACGAUGGAUGCAAUGAGUUUACCCCUCAGUGUCAGUUCCGACACAGCCUUCACAUCGUUCUAUGGUAGUCAAGCAAAUCUAAAGGCUACUAAUGGACUCAGCGGUUCUGCCUGUAAUUAAUAAGGUACAUGGAAACAACUGCCUAGAUAAAUAGCACGUAAGUCCAAGAGUUACAAUUCUUCGUAAAAGAGGUAAAGAAGAUAUAUCUUGAGGAUACAAUACAAGGAUAUUCAAAGGAAAAAAAAAAAAUGAAAACACGAAAGAAUGUUUGUAUAUCGAAAUAAUAGUUACGAUUGUAAUAGUACCGUUUAUAUUACAUUUUUUAGAUAGCAGUACAUAUAUAUAUAUAUAUAUAUAUAUAUAUAUAUAUAUAUAUAUAUAUAUAUAUAUAUAUUCUCCAAAGACCAACCAAAAAAAAAAUCACCUUUGGAGGAGUGUCAUUACUUUUAAAUAUUUUCCCUAUCACGACGCACGAUUUUCUCAAAUCAUUGACGAUCCCAUAAUGACAAUAUCGGCAGCACGAGCGAUUAUGUUCUGUUUGAAACGCUUAUGGUCACUGGCCUAUGUCAGUAGCUACUUUUUGCAUGCUCCUGCCUUUAGAAUAGUACGUGAAUAUAAGGGUAUAGAGAAAAAAUAGUAGAUGACGAUAAAUGAUGUAUAAUAUUAUCGACACUGUCACGACGUCGAUCAACAUUUCUUAUCUUACAAUUAGUUAGAAAAACGGAUACGCAAUACGAUGAUACUUUGCGAGUCAUUUUUCUACAUUAGUCGUAACUCGGUUGUGCGUAUCGAUACAUAUAUAUAUAUAUAUAUAUACAUAUGUAUAUAUAUAUAUAUGUGUGUGUGUGUGUGUCGAAAAGUAUUUCUUGACAAUGGGUACAAGUAAACGAAGAGAUCAGCCGAGUAAAUCUUUUCAGCCAAUAAAAGAUUUGGUGGUUUCUAAUUUUUAGCGUAAUUUAAGACUUAAAUAUUAAGACUAUUUAAUAAAACACUAAUUAUUGCCGUUUACACUUAAUCACGAGUAUAUUCUCGAAAUUCUUUUUACGAGAUUAAAAAGAGGAGUAUCAUCUCAAAGAGAUGUGUGUGCCAAAUAUCUCGAUAUUACUUGUUUUAUUAUUUUUAACGAAAAUUUAGGAUAUUUUUUCUUUCUUUUUUCUUUUUUCUCUUUUUUUUCUUUUUUUUUUUUUUUUUUUUUUUUUUUUUU